AACAGUUGGAUCCUGGAACGCAGGUUUUUUAACCAUGGCAACCGGCAAGAUAUAGAGCUUUCCCACCCCGUCGUAAAAAAGAUAAAGUUCAGUGUUGAUGGUGGUUCAGUCCAGACAACUCCUACCCUAUAUAUUUCAUCCCUCUUUAUUUCAAGUUUUUAGAAUGAAGACAUCUUCGUUUUCACUAAGGGUUAUGCGAAGGGCUCGUAACAAGCCAGCAGACGGUAGUACCCAAGUACGACCCAGGACUCCAACUCAUGGUGCCAAGGGACCAAAAACUCCUAGCAAAUCGGCCACCCAGCAAAAGGGCCAACCCAUAAAGCAGGCUCCAGCGAAAAUCGAUGCUGGUAAAAAGAAGAAAACCAAAAAGGGCAAGCAUCACCAGCAUGAUUUAAUUGUCACCAUCAAUUUGAACGAUUAUGGACUGUCAGAAGAUCAAGUUGCCGAAUUCAAAGAGGCCUUUAUGUUGUUCGACAAAGACGAAGAUGGUACAAUUACUAUGGCUGAAUUGGGCGUGGUUAUGAGGUCUCUUGGACAACGACCAACAGAAACCGAACUCAGAGAUAUGGUGAACGAAGUGGACCAAGACGGCAACGGCACUAUCGAAUUCAACGAAUUUUUGCAAAUGAUGUCCAAGAAAAUGAAAGAUGCCGACGGCGAAGAAGAACUAAAAGAAGCAUUUAAAGUUUUCGAUAAAAACAACGACGGUCUUAUAUCAAGCUUAGAGCUUCGUCACGUGAUGACCAGCUUAGGUGAACGUCUGUCUGAAGAAGAAGUGGACGAUAUGAUCAAGGAAGCCGAUUUAGAUGGUGAUGGACAAGUUAAUUAUGAAGAAUUUGUAGGUAUCCUGACUUCCAAAAACUAGUUAGUGAAGCAAAAACUCUGGUCCAAAAUUAUAUAAACAAGAUGAAACACACACAUGGCUCUAUAUAAAAAUUUCCUUUAUAUACCUACUUACUAAUAAUUGUUAUAAGGGCUUUGUAUAAUAACAAUAUAUUAUGUAUUUGUUCUUCCCAUUUAUUAUAAAAAAAUAAACAAAAUUAAUUUAUAAAUAAUUUGUCAUGGUAAUUAUUAUCAUUGAAAGAACACAAGCACUGCUUUUAAAAUGUCACACAUUUUAUGUAUU